GCUAUUUAUUAGAAUAUUAUUCCAACAAUGCUAUUGAACAUAUUGGAUGGAUGAUCACUGUUUCAACAACUUUACCUUUACUUUUCCAAUCUCAUUUAGAAGAUUAUGUGUAUGAUUUAUUUUACAAAGAAUGUUUUACUGAUAAUAACAUAGGAACAAAUUUUAAACUUUUUUUAGAUAAAGAAUUGACUGAUAAUAGCAUAGGAAUAAAUUUUAAGCUUAAAGAAGAUACUGAAAGCAACCUCCUGCAAAAUAGUGUAAAGAAAAUUCCUUUUAAAAAAAUAGCUUUUGGAAAAGAUAAUCAAAAUAGAGCAAAUGAGACUAAAGAGAAAACUGCUCAAAAAGCUGAAGGAAAAAACAAACACAAUACAGUACCAUUCAACUUGUGUGUAGUACCACUUCCAAAUUUCACAGUUAAUAAGAUUGAAAAGAAAAAUGUUCAAAAAAAUGUUGUUAUAGCUUGUCUUAGACAUCUUAUACUUCCUUAUAAGUAUAUUGUUGAAACAACUAUAAUAGUUAAAUCAUUUGAAAUUGAAGAUGCAUUUGGUAGUGUUAAACCUGAUCAAGGAACAAUUGCUGCUAUAUCUUUUUCAAUGUUAUUUCUUUGGAUUGAAUUUCUUUCAUAUCUUAGAUUAUUUGAAGAAAGUAAAGUUGAACUACUCAGGCUCCAAGCUGCUUUCAUAUUAGAGUUUGAUGCUUUGGAUUUAGAUGAUUUUUUAAAUUCUCCUAAACCUGAUCCAAAAUACAUUUGUCAUAAUAAUAAUAAUCUUGAUGCAUGGAAAGAAAGAACCAAAUCAAGAAGAGGUUGUUUAUAUGCAAAAUAUGAAAAUGAAAAUUCUUAUAUUCAAUACGUUCUUGAAAAAAAGGAUUUUGACCAUCAAGCUGGUUCUUUGUGGCAGUUUCAUAAGGGACUGGACGAUUUCAAUGAUGAUGGUGCUAAUAAAAAAAUUAAGAUUUUAGAAGAAAAAAUUUCAAAUUUAGAAAAAAAAAUGGAUAUCAUAAUAUCGUUACUCGCAAAACCUUGA